UUUUUUUUUAAUAUCUUUUUUUGAACAUUUAACAUAUAUACAUAAAACACAAUGUCAGACGGAAGAUUAGAAAAGAUGGAUAAGGACUUUAGUCCUCAAGUGGAUGUUCUUUUACCAGAAACCGAAGCUUUAGCCAAGCAAGGUAAAAUUAGAGAAGCUUUGGAAAAGUUGAUGUCUAUUGAAAAGCAAGCAAGAAACGCUGCCGAUCAAUCUUCAACAGGUCGUAUUCUUGUUCAAAUUGUCAAGUUAUGUUAUGAAGUCAAGGACUGGAAGCUUUUAAAUGAGCAAAUUGUUUUAUUAUCCAAGAAGCAUGGUCAACUCAAGGCUGCCACUACAUUGAUGAUUCAAGAAGUUAUGACAUAUCUUGAUUCCACACCUGAUUUAGAGACUAAGCUUGAAUUGAUUGAUACACUUCGUACCGUAACUGACGGAAAGAUUUAUGUUGAAGUGGAACGCGCACGUGUCACCCGUAUGUUGGCAAAGAUUCGCGAAGAAGAAAGCAAGGUAACCGAAGCAGCAGAUAUUCUUCAAGAACUUCAAGUUGAGACUUUUGGGUCAAUGGAUAAACGUGAAAAGGUCGAUUUUAUUUUGGAGCAAAUGAGACUUUGUUUGGCCAAAUCAGAUUACAUUCGUACUCAAAUUAUUUCCAAGAAGAUCAAUAUUAAAUUCUUCCAAGACAAGGAGAAUGAAGAUUUGAAACUUCGAUUCUACAACUUGAUGAUUCAACAUGCUUUACACGAGGAUCAGUACUUGAACGUGCACAAGUUUUACAAGCAAAUUUAUGAUUCCGAAUCCAUCAAGGAAGACGAAAAGAAAUGGAAGGACGCGCUUCAAAAUGCAGUUCUGUUUGUGAUUCUUUCACCUUACGAUAAUGAGCAAUCAGAUUUACUCCAUCGACUUUACCAAGAUGCCCACUUGGCACAGAUCCCUCAAUACGGUGAACUCACCAAGCAUUUCGUGACUAGCGAAUUGAUGCGAUGGGCUGAAAUCGAGCAAACCUAUGGUCAAUUAUUAAGCCAAUCGGACGCCUUUAACAAGUCUACGGAGGAAGGUCAAAAGAGAUUGAAGGAGCUUCAUAACCGUGUCGUUGAACAUAACAUUCGAGUGAUCGCCAAAUAUUAUACGCGUGUGACCACCAAACGAUUGACUCAGUUGUUGGAUCUCACCGAAAAGGACGCCGAGGACUUCCUUUCCAAGUUGGUGGUUUCAAAGACUAUUUAUGCUCGUAUCGAUCGUUCUGCUGGUGUCAUUAAUUUCCAGACCAAGAAGGAUGCCAAUGAGAUUUUGAAUAAUUGGUCAAGUGAUAUCAAUAGUUUGUUAAAUUUGAUUGAAAAGACGUGUCAUUUAAUUUCCAAGGAGGAAAUGGUACAUAGCAUUGCAAAGGUUAAAUAAAGUUUUUUUUUUUUUUAAAGGG